AAAUAAAUCCAACGACAGUGUUCUUUUCAGCUUCGGUCCUGGUGCAUGAACCCCUUCACCUGAAGUCCUGCUUGGCUAAGCUGUUUUCUAUGGUGAGCUGGAGUGCAUUUAGUGCAGAAUUCUGCUUUCAAGCCAUGAUGUUGCGGUCAACCGUGCCUCCAGCAAGUGUAUUCUGGUUGCGUGGCGGAUGGCAGUCUAGAUGUUUGGUGCUGAGUGCCUCGCAGUUCCAGCAUGUUCUGAAUGAUCCCGGGCGGACCAGCGAGACUUUUGCGGGUCAUGCCGGACAUACAUUGUCCUUGUUGUCCGGGGCGCGCCGCGGAACGAUCCUGCAAGAACUUUGCAAAAUGGAGCUGGUGCGCCUAAACCCCAACAGCAAAAUUGAAGAGCCUACUCGAGGGACUCGUUGUAAUGGAGCUCCAAGGUCGGCUUCACAGGCGGAGUAUGACUUUAGCAUGGAUGGUGGCAAAAUUAGAUGCAAAAGUGCGCAAUUGACCUGGAGGAGGUCGGAAAAACGUUGGGGCGUAUUCUUUCGUUGUGUCAAGCUGCCAUGGCCAGGAUUUCGCGACCAGGCGCCAUUCGACCAUUUGUACCUAAUACUGUUCAGCCCAGACAGCUUACACAUCAUCAAGCAUGACCUUCGGACUGGAGCUACCUCAGCUGGCAAAUCAACAGGAAGCGGUGGUCAUAGCAUUUAUGUCCGCGCUGCACCCGGACAGGAAUGCUGGCAAACUGCACGGUCUCAAAUUCUGAAGAGCUUCCUGACAAAAGGUCGCUGCGAACUUGUGUCUUGCGUGGAUCUGUCCGCUUUUGAUGUCCGCACUUGGCUGGCAAAGCAAAUGGAAAGGCUGACUACGCGCCAGGACCACGUAUACCAAUGGGUGCCAUUGAACCAUAUGGCGCCACAGCUACGUGGCCUGCAAAUCGAGCGGAUGGCAUUCGAAGUGGAUCAAAUUCUCAACCCAAAUUGUUCCUUUUUGCGAACAUCGUCCAAAGUAGACUGGGUUCGCGGAAGGGUCAAAGUGGAAAUCAAGCACGGGCAGAUGCUGUUCAAUCAAAAGCGGCAGCGUUGGCGGUGUUCAUUCCAGAACAUCAAGUGCGCUAGCUAUGGUGUUCGUGACUGCGACCUAUUUGAUGAGCUUUGGCUUGCAAUCUACAGCCCCCGUGGCAUCCAUGUGUUUAAACAUCCUGGUGGCCAAGUCCGUUUUAGCCACUCAGGUUUGAUUGAGCAGGAUUCUGGGCAACAGAUACGGGUCUACUCCAGCCUCAAUGUGCUUGAUGUCAGGGAGGCCCUUGACGAAAUGCUCCACAAGAUGGAGGCAUGGGGCUGUCAACCUCUUGCAACUAUUCUUUGGUGAUUUCAGAGCCACUGCAACUCUGCAUGUAAGUCCUCUAUUCUUUGUCCCAUCGAGCUGUGGUGCAACAUUAUGUCGCAUACAUGAUGUUGCUCCUAAUGCCGGUCUUCAUUUGGAGCCAACGCCCUAAAGAUGCCUUUUUGUUAGGCUUUAUGCCGGACGGCAGCUGCCAGAUUUGAAUGUGUGAACUUUACGAUGCGCACGUUAUCCGGCCGCAACGCACCUCCAGGGGGGUCGGUGUCAUGUUAAAAUGAACUGUGUGAAAGCCAGCUGCUCAAGCCUGGGGACAGGCUGCUUCCAUCAUGUGAAGUGUGCAAGGGCGUGAGAAAGACCGAAAUGCCAAUAGUUCAACGUUUGUAAAUAUUGUUUGCCUACCAUUGCCUUCGGAAUCUGUGCGACUAUCGUUCCUUCUGCACAAAGCUACUAGUGCAAGAGAAGAGGUUUGCAGGUUCUUUGUGCGUUCAUUAAGGGGCGGGUUGUGAACAGCGACUUGUUUUGGAAAGUUUUUUUCUGAUGUUUAUGGCAAAUCUGGCUAAUCUGAGGGAGGCGAGUGUUGCUUCGACAUGCCGUGCUUCUAAUGUGUUGAGCAUGAACUGACCCGACAUUAGUCCAACUCUGGCUAUCAUGUGAUAUCUCAGUUCGUAGAGUCCCACCUGGAGGCCCUCAUUCUGCCCCAUACACCAGAGAACUCCUCAAGUGACCGGC